UAGGUCAGUGGCAAGGUACGGAUCUGUCUAUGCUCAUGGACGACAUGGACGACUCGCGCCUAUUCAUGCAGUGGGCGGUGAGCACACUGCAGCAGCAGGAUCCAGGAGGAGCCGGCGGCGGCAGCGAGAAGAGCGCCGGCUUCCCGUGUCUCCAGGCGCUCCGCGAUUCCUCGGAGCUGACGGAAGCACAGAACAGUCUGAGCUCCGGCGACGACACCGGCGGCGGUGGAGGAAUCAUCACCCCAGCCCCCGAUUUGGCUGUGCACCAAGGCAGUUGGUCCAUGUCGUCCCCGACCUCGGGCGGGCCGUUCGCGCCCAGCAGCAUGAGCGGCACCAGCACCAGCAACGCCCUGUCCAUGAGCUGGGACUUCGGCGCUGCCUUGCCGCCGCAGCCGGUCAGCAGCGGUGGCGGGGGCACGCUGGCCGCCGGGGCGCCGCUUCGUUCCGGCGUGUCACAGCCGACGAGGAGGGCCUCCACAAAGAGCACGCCAUACGCGCAAGACCACAUCAUGGCGGAGCGGAAGCGCCGGGAGAAGAUCAACCAGCGCUUCAUCGAGCUCUCCGCCGUCAUUCCCGGCCUCAAGAAGAUGGACAAGGGGACGAUUCUUGCCGACGCGACCAGAUACGUGAAGGAGCUCCAAGAGAGGGUCAAGUACCUGGAGGCUGCCGGCGGCAACCGCAGGAGCGUUGAGACCGUGGUGCUCGUCAGGAAGCCACGGUGCCUCGUCACCCCGGACGGCGAGGCCUGUCCGGGGUUCUUCUCGGCAGCUGGGACGCCGGCAAUUGGGAGCCAGCUGCCGGAGAUCGAGGCAAAGCUCUCGGAGGACAACGUCAUGGUGAGGAUCCACUGUGAAAUAAAUGGAAAGGGUCUGCUCGCCAGGGUUCUUGCGGAGGUCGAGGAGCUCCACCUCCGCAUCGUCCACAACGAUGUGAUGCCGUUCACGGCGUCAACCGUGAUUAUUACCACCAUGGCAAAGGUGGAGGAGGGCUUUACCGUCAACACAGAGGAGAUAGUAGGAAGACUCAACUCUGCAUUGUACGAACAUAGCAGUGGCAACAACAAUUAUUAAGACUGGAGAAACAAGAACCUGAAAAGCCUAACUACGGCUUUGUAUAUAAUAUAGAAAUAAGGUCCAUGUAGAUCGUACGUACAUAUAUGCGUGCAACGACCAUUAAUUGAUGCAGCGGUCGGUGUUUUUUCUCCUUUCAGAAAAUGGGUGCAACAACCUGAUAUGGUUGUGGCUGAUUUGUCUCUCACUGUGCAUGGUUGGAUGCAUGAGAACUAUAUAUAGGCUACAAAAUGGAAGGUGUAUAUGCGAAGUUAUAACAAUCUAGAGGAUGGUGGUCAUUCAUUAUCAAGCCUUUUAGGGAACAAUUUUUAUAUAUGGAAGUUAAUAGGAAUCAAGCUUUUUCAUUGGUUCACUUCGCUAUGUUAUGGUCAUUAGAUCAUGGCUUCAGCCCUUACAACCCAAGUGAUUACAUACAAAUUGUAAAGUUGCAGCCCAUGCAUAGAAGAUCUCACACAAGUGUAGUCUCUUGCGAUAAUGGGCCGACAAGGGGGGCUCGAAGGGCGUGGUGAUGGUUUUUUUGACAGAUUGUUGUCCAUAAUCAUCUAUUAACCAUGAAUUUGAGUUUGUGCCACUUUGAAAAUAAAAAUGAAGCUAAGUAAGUGUACCCUUAUUAGUAAGUAUAUUGGCCAAAAAAGGAGGAGGAAAAGGCUUGGAUGCAUCAAUAUUGCAACUAGCCAUCCAAAACUUUUGGUCACCCCAAAUGUUAGAAGCAAUGUAAUAUAUCACUUUGGAUUAGGUAAUUGCCCAAGAAAAUUUCUAUUAUAAUAUAGUUUUUGGGACGGUACCACGACCAUUAUUUUCCAUGCAAACACACUAUUACAUAUUUAUAAUGUUUUUAUUCUAUUAAUUCUUCUGUAUAGAUAUCCAAAUGUAGAAAAUUAAACUGGAAAAAUCUUAAGAGGUCAUUAUCUUAGAUUAGAUCGAUACACCCCCUUCGAAAAAUUACAACUUUCUAUGCAAAUUGUGAUGGACAUUAAACUUACCCAUUAAUCAAGGUCAAGCCAAAGUCAAGUCGAUGAAAGUCCAAGCAAAUUGCACUGGUCAACAAUCCAAUAGAAACACAGAAAUAAAACAUAUAGCCAAGUAUCCAAUGGUAAAACCCUAGAAAAAGGAACCCGCUGGACAAUGUGUAAGUGCAUUUAGUGCCCUUUUGUGUAUUUCCGAUGAUUAAUGACAAAAGGUUAAGGGACUAAUGUGUUUGUGAGUAUACACAUGUGAAAGUCCUUGAGGAUUUGGUUUAACCAGUGGUUGAUGACCCCUAAAAAUGUUGUGAGAGCAUUGAAAAUUUUAAAAUUGCUAUUGAAGGACCGAAGUUUGUCAUGUAGCCUUUUGUUUACUAGUUUCUUUAUUAUUAAUUUGAGUCAUAGGGCAAACCAUACUAUUAAGAGCGCGAGGGGGGGGGGGUCCUCACUGAAGCAAGAUUGAAGUCUUUGUGUGUGCAUGGUUAGUCAUAACCUAUUUCUUCAACAA